UUUGUCACUUCACUACGCAAAAUGUUUGCAAGAUAGUUGUAUUGCUUAAAAUUCACUUACCUCCAUUAAAAUGAGAAAGAUAAUAUUUUCACGAAUUCUGUAUUUCUCACUGGCCGUUAUUGCACUCGAACCCCAUGUCCCUACGUCGCAUGGUUUCGAACUAACCUGGGCUAACUUGAAGAAUAUAUUUUUGAAAUCCCGUGAUAAUGUGGAUCCAACAACCACGAUCAGGUAUACGACACACAUCUUACCGACACCAACACCAUCGAUCUAUAGAACUGUUCCGACCCUUGUAACGACUCCAUCUCCAGCGAAAAGUUCAAAAUCGAGGACUUGUGCAUGCGGCGAUGAAACGGCGUCGGUGUGUGCCUCGAAUGGAAUCACGUAUCAAAAUCGUUGCAAAUUCGAUUGUGCAAAAACUCGUGUUUCGCGUGUCCGUAUCGUGGGAGACGGGCCUUGUGGAAGCUCAAUGAAUCGAAACGACUACUGGGGGUCGGGAAAAAGCCGUGGAUAUUAAAGCAUUCGACAUGAUUAGGUAUGAUUUUCAUCCCACUAGGAAUUUCCUAUUAUGAAAUAAAGUGUAAUGUACAUAAAUAAAUUUCGCAACAUUUGUUUAAUUGAUUUGAAGUGCUGAACUGUUUUGGAUGUGAAAUUGUGCAUGUUGCUAAAUCAUUUUAACUAUGGAAAUGUGUGAGUUUAAUCGUGACCUAAAAUUAAUAGUAAUUAAUAAUUAGACGUAAAUAAAUCAUUUUAAAACCUA